CGACAGAGCAUGCUCGCAGUUGAGCCCGAACAGGAGAGAUCAAGAUGAGACUGACGGUUGCAGCGGUUGCACUGUGUCUGGUCGCACUGGCCAGCGCAGCUUACGUUCCCGUGGAAAAAUCGGUUACCGGAUUCAAAUAUGCCGACAAGGAAUUCCUGGUAAAACAGAAAUUCUUCUUCGAGGUGUUCCGUAACAUCCAUCUACCUCUCACGUUCGAGGAAUAUCUGCCCUACACCAAGACAUGGGUUGUCGACGAAUCCAAAUAUACGAACUACACGGAAGUUGUCGAAUUCUUCAACUAUUACAAGCUUGGAUACCUGCCAAAGGGAGAGUUGUUUACCAUCUACAACAAAGAAUAUAUGGAGCAGACCUACCUCCUGUUCAACUUCUUCUACAACUCUGCCGAUUGGGAAACCUUCUACAAAAACGUUGUAUGGGCCCGUGAAAACAUUAACGAGGGUAUGUUCAUCUAUGCUGUGACUUUGGCCACUUUGCACCUUCCAGAGCUCAAAGGUAUUGUGCUGCCAGCAAUCUACGAAAUCUAUCCAUACUAUUUCUUCAACACCGACAUGAUUCAUUCGGCACUCUACAAGACACUGUACGAGCCUAAAUUUGGAUUUGCAAGCAACGGUAAAUUCAACGUGGUCUAUUCCAACUACACCGCUGUCUACCCGCUGGACUAUUACGGUGAAGACAAGCUGAGCUACUUCACGGAAGACUAUGGCCUCAACUCGUACUACUACUACUUCAUGAUGGACUAUCCCUUCUUCCUGGGAGAAAACAAAUUCAACCUGAUCAAGGACCGUCGUGGAGAGUUGUAUUUGUACAUGUACCAACAACUCAUUGCUCGUUACUAUUUGGAACGUCAAGCCAACUUUAUGGGACCGAUCGAAGAGUUCAGCUGGGAUCAGCCAAUCACAACCGGAUAUACUCCCAAAAUCAGUUACUGGAAUGGAGUGCCGUUCUACGGACGCAACGAUUACUAUUCACUGCCUAAGGAUCAGUACUACAAAAUCGAUCAGCUUAAGGAUUACGAAGCAAGAAUCAGACAAGUGAUUGACCAGGGUUACAUGUACAUGGAAGAUGGAACCAAAGUUGACUUGCGCAAUCCAAAAUCCAUUGACUACCUUGGAAACCUGAUCAAUGCCAACCCGGAUAGCAUUGACAAUGAAUACUAUAAGUACAUUGAAUUCUACGCCCGCCUUUUGUACAGUGGAUCUGACUACUACAAUACUGGAUCAACCGUGUGGCCAAGUGUACUGAUGCAGUUUGAAACCUCAAUGCGUGACCCGCUCUUCUACCAGCUCUACAACAAGAUUCUCAGCUACUACUGGCAAUUCAAGAGCUACUUGCCGUACUACACCAUCCAGGAGUUGAACUACAAGGGACUGGAAAUCAAGAAUGUCGUGUUCGACAAGUUGGUGACCUAUUUCGAGUACUACGAUGCCGAAAUCAGCAACGCUAUUCCGAAGGUUGUUACUACCAACAACGUUUUCGAUUACUCGGUUUAUGCUCGUCAGCAACGCAUCAAUCACAAACCAUUCACCUACACCAUGGAUGUGUACUCCGAAGUUGCCGGUCAGGGUGUCGUACGUACAUACAUUGGGCCGAAAAUCUACGACGUUCAACAGCUACAAUACUAUAAGAAAUAUUUCGUUGAGGUGGACCAGUACGUGUAUGACUUUGUCGUUGGCCAGAAUAGUAUUGUACGCAACUCUCGCGAUUACUACUGGAGUGUCCGCGAUCGUACCAGCUACAGCGAUUUGUACAAGAAGAUCAUGACGGCCUACAACGGUGGCGAGAAGUUCGUGCUGGAUAUGUCCGAGGCUCAUUGCGGAUUCCCCGAUCGGCUCCUGCUGCCAAAGGGUCUGCCAAGUGGAUUCGAGCUGACCUUCUACUUCAUCAUCACCCCGUACUACGCGCCCAAGGUGAAGCAGUUCUCCACCUAUGACAGUGUGUACAGCUGCGGAGUGGGAUCAGGCUCCAAGUACGUGGACGACUUGCCGUUCGGAUUCCCUCUCGAUCGCGAGAUCAACUACAGCUACUUCUUCACCAAGAACAUGUACUUCAAGGAUGUGCUGGUCUAUCACUUUGAUGAUGUGAAGCUGAACCAGUCGUAUUAAGGUGAAAACUACUGGAUGGAAUGGAACUAUUUUUUGCCGCUAUUACCAAUGGACCAAAGAGAUCAGAAUAGGAUGAAUCGAGCUUAGUUUUAGGUUUUUGUUUCUAUGUUUUUGUUGUAAGAAGGAUUUCAAUAUCGAAUAAAACUGUAUCGAUUUCACAGCAACUUA